UAAAAUGGGGAUUCACUGUUAAUUAAGGGAAAAGAAAAUAAUCAAAUUAGCGAUAACCUUCCUGGAAUCUGCUUUCAACUGUCAACUGGCCGCAGCCAGAAGUAGAAAAAAGAUAAACACCAACUGCUCCUCCAUCUCUAGUCAAAUUAUGCCAAUCAAUCUCUCUUCCCCUCUCUUCACUUCCUCCAUGAACCCACAAUCCUAAGCUUCCCCAUGUCCAUCUUCUUCAACUAUCGUCUGCUUUUCUUCACAUUUCUAGCUCUCUCCUUCACCCCCAGCCUCGCACAAAACGGCACCGCGUCAUGCCCCCUCGACUUCAGUGUCCUCCGCAAGCUCAUCGGCGACUCCAAGCCCACCGGUAUUUUGCCCUCCCAGGAAUGCCAGUACGCCAAGCUAAGCUUGCGACUCGUCCUAUCCUACUACCUUCAGCGCAGUAAUUCCUUCUUGCCCCCGCUCGACUCGGCCGAGUCCUGCUGGCGAGCUUAUCAGGAUGUCGUCGACGAAUUCCGACCUAACUUUGAUAUUCGAUCCUCUUGCGGCUUCAACACCAGUUGGAUCUCUCAAGGCUGCAUGGACAUCACUACCAGAUCCCAAUUCGAGUCCUUGGUUCCCAAAUCCUCGCUAAGUGACGUCGUUUCCAAUUGUAACCAGUCGCUUGAGAAUAAUUCCCCCUGUGCCACUUGCACUGCCAGCUUGUCGAAGCAGCAGGCCUCGUACUUGACCGGGAAGUCCGUCGGGAACUUGUCGGAUUGUCAAGCGUAUCCGUCAAUUUAUGCGGCGGCGUUCGCUAAUAGGUAUGGUCCCACCGAUAGAGGUACAGCUAAGUGUUUGUUUUUGCUUGAUUUCGUUCCUAAGAAAUCCGGUCGCAAAAAGAAGAAGGUUUUGAUUUGGCUUAUUCCUAUUUUGGGCGUGGGAUUGUUGAUAGUAAUUGGUGGGUGUUGGUUUUGGAGGCGAAGAUAUGAAGGUUUGAGGAGAAAAAAGAAAAGAGAUAGAAUUGGUAGGGGAGUAGAGAUGAAUUUGAGUUCUGGAUUGGAGUCCAUUAGUGGAAGUACUACUCUUGUUGAAUACAAAUUUGAUGAGAUAAAAAAGGCAACUAGGAAUUUUUCUAGAGAUAACAUUAUCGGAAGAGGAGGCUAUGGAAAUGUGUAUAAAGGUGAAUUGCCAGAUGGGUCUCAAGUUGCUAUGAAAAGGUUCAAGAAUUUGUCUGCCUCUGGCGAUGCUAGUUUCAUACAUGAGCUCGAGGUUAUUGCUAGUGUGAGGCAUGUGAAUCUUGUUGCAUUGAGAGGCUACUGUACUGCCACUACUCCAUUUGAGGGUCAUCAGAGGAUAAUUGUGUGUGAUUUGAUGAAGAACGGGAGUUUACAUGACCAUUUGUUUGGAUCUCAGAAGGAAAAGCUUAGUUGGCCUGUAAGGCAAAAGAUUGCACUGGGGACCGCCAGGGGAUUGGCUUACUUACAUUAUGGAGCUCAACCAGGAAUCAUUCAUAGGGAUAUUAAAGCCAGUAAUAUACUUCUCGAUGAAAGGUUUGAGGCUAAGGUGGCGGAUUUUGGUCUGGCAAAGUUUGCGCCAGAGGGUGCAACACAUUUAAGCACUCGGGUGGCUGGAACUAUGGGAUAUGUUGCUCCUGAGUAUGCUUUGUAUGGACAAUUGACAGAAAGAAGCGAUGUGUAUAGCUUUGGUGUUGUGCUUCUUGAGCUUUUGAGUGGAAAGAAGGCACUCGGUGUGAGUGAAGAGAGCCAGCCUGCUCUUGUGACUGAUUGGGCAUGGUCAUUGGUGAGGAAAGGGAGAACUUUAGAUGUUAUUGAAGAUGGUAUGCCAGAGUUAGGCCCUCAGGAUAUUUUGGAGAAGUAUGUAUUAAUUGCAGUUCUUUGUUCUCAUCCACAGUUAUAUGCCAGGCCAACUAUGGAUCAGGUUGUGAAAAUGUUGGAAACAGACCAGUCAAUUCCCGCUAUCCCAGAAAGGCCAAUUCCACUGGUAGCCGAGAUGGAUGAUAUCGAGAGAUCAGUAAGCAGUAGCUGGUCAGGUCAUCUCUCUAGUCCGGCUGGCUACCGAACAUAUAUGCUCGAGAACGAUCACCCUUCUAGCCACAACGAGGCAAGGUCUAGUUCUAGCCACAAUGAGGCAAGGUCUAGUUCUAGCCACAAUGAGGCAAGGCCUAGUUCGGACUCUAGACCAGUGGAAUUGUUGUAAAUUUUGUAGAUUGGCCAGAGAGGAUCACGUAAGCGCUCCUGCGAUACUUCCACUGACUGGUAUGCUCUACCUGAUCCCAAGGCUUCAAAUUUUGGAGCUACACCUCCAUUGUAAAGAUAUAUGUAGAACGAAAUUUGAUUGUUUCAAGUGACAGCAAUAUUACAAUUUUUUUCUUCUUGAUA